AUGGGUAACGAUAUUGAAGCCGUCCGGUCGCACGUCAGCGAGGAUAAUGGCUCACUCAAGGCUCCGACUGCGGUUGGUAGGCAGGAGCUCGCCCACAUCGUCCCACCGCACGAUUCUUACGAGGGAAAGCACCGCUUCGACCCCACAGUAUCGUGGACUAUCGAGGAGGAGCGCCGUGUGCUUGAUCGUGGUAACCUUUCCAACGCGCUCGCAGACAACCUUCUCAAGGACCUCAACCUCACGACGGACGACUACAACAACGGAACUACUAUCCAGCUUAUUUGUUUCCUUGCGGCUGAGUUUCCCGUGCAAUUCCUCACCAAGCGCUUUGGUUUCAAAUGGGUCCUUCCAACCAUGAUGAUGGGUUGGUCAACUGUGUCUUGGGCACAGGCUUGGAUGCACGAUCGCACAUCCUUCUACCUUGGUCGCGCCUUCAUCGGACUCUGUGAGGGUGGUUUCCUUCCUGGUGUUAUCCUCUUCGCGACCUACUUCUACAAGUCGAAAGAGCUGGCUGUGCGUCUGGCGGUUUUUUGGUCCACGCUGAACGUCGCGCGUGUCAUUUCAGCACUGCUGGCUGCUGGCAUCCUCGAGAUGCGCGGAAUUGGCGGAAAGCCGGGUUGGUUCUGGCUCUUCUUGCUUGAAGGCCUGUUGACCGCUAUCAUCGCGUUCUUCUCGUUCCUAUAUCUGCCUGUUUCGCCUACAGAUACCAAGAACGUGCUGUGGCCCAAGGGCUACUACACCGAGCGCGAGGAGGUCAUCAUGGUGAACCGCAUCCUCCGCGACGACCCCGCCAAGGGACUCACUGCCAUCAAGGAGCCCGCGACCUUCAAGGACAUUUGGGAAGCCUGGAAAGACCCAGCAAUGUGGGGUCUCUACUUCAUCGGCUUGAUCGCCUACAUCCCCGCUUCCCCCGUCCAAGGCUACCUGACCCUCACUCUCAAGCGUCUCGGCUUCUCGACGUUCAACUCGAACAUGCUCACCAUCCCGUCCGCGUUCCUGCAAAUCAUCACCAUGCUGGCCCUCGCGUACAGCUCCGACUACUUCAACGAGCGCACGCUGCACAUCCUCUUUGGCGAAUUCUGGAUCAUGCCGCUCCUCAUCGCACUUUUGACAAUCCCCGACGGCGGCCGCGAAUGGGGCCGCUUCACGCUCAUCACGCUCAUCUCGGGGUACCCCUACUUCCACCCUCUCGUAUCCUCCUGGAUCUCCGAGAACACAUUCGACGUGAAAAAGCGCGCCAUCACCGCGGCCACCUACAACGUGAUCGUUCAAAUCGGAUCCUUGAUCAGCUCGCAGAUCUACAGGAAAUGGGAUGGUCCGUACUACAAGACAGGUAACAGUGUGCUGGUUGCGAUUUGCGCGCUGAGCUGUGUGGUUAUAGUGCUGCAGAGGCAAAUGUUGGUCAGGCUGAAUAAGAAGAAGGAGGCCAAGUGGAGCGAGAUGACGAGUGAGGAGAAGGCAGCGUACCAGGCUGAUGUUGUUGCACGUGAGGCUGAGGGUAAUAAGAGAUUGGAUUUCAGAUUCGCUAUCUGA